AUGCCUAUACGCGUCAAGUCGCGUAAACCGCCGGGGGCUGACGAGCCCCCACGGUCGCCCUCCCCUAUGGGCUACCGAUUGGACAGCUACGGGCUGCCUGACAUCCGUGAUGAUGAUUCUUUCAGGGAAAUGAUCAAGAAGCUAUCAGUCUACUUUAAUGCGGUGGUUGUGCUUCCGGUCACCUUCGAACAACUGCGGACAACCAGUGCAGGCCAGGGCCUACGGACUCUAGUCGAGCAUCUCAGCAGUGAAUGCUCACAUCCUGCCAUCGUGAAUGCUCUCUUGGCUCUGAGAUGGCAUUAUGGCGCGGCAACGGAGGACAAAGGUGUCAAUGAAGCCCGCGCCAACGCUGCUGAAAUCGUGGCAUGGCGGUUCUUGACCCACCUCUCCGAGAGGGAGGUGAUGAACUGCUGCCUCUACGAGAUUCCAGACCCGGAAGACGCCGAGGGGGGCGCAGGGGCCCGCGACGAGGAGAACGGGCGCCAGUCGCACGAGGUGGACGAGAACACCGCCCUGCUCGCCCAGAGCCUGGCCGGGACGGUCAACUCGGCCAAGCAGACGCUCACCAACACCGGCAGCAAGAAGCGCUACCAGCUGCUGCAGUCCAUCUCACGGCUGACGAUGUCCCAGGAGGAUGACGACGAGGACGAGGAGGAGGACCCCACCAAGCCCUUCGUCACGCUCAAUGCGCUCGAGAUCGCCGCCGUUGCGGACGCCAAACGGUUUCUAAGCCAGCAUGUCGUCCAGAAAAUUGUUACCGGCAUUUGGAACGGUGACAUCGUCUUCUGGGAUCGGUUGGCUGUCGACUCGGUGAAACGGCCCCGGUUCUACAACAAGGCAACAGCCGACCCAUUCUCUCGCCUUCGAGUCCCCAAAUACCUCAAGUCGUUCGAGGUCAUCUUCUUCCUAAUCUUCCUGUUCCUCUACUACUCCGUCCUGGUUGAGAGGAACCCGGAGAAGAUCAGCGUCAACGAGGUCCUGCUCUACGUCUGGUUCUUGGCUUUUGCUUAUGAUGAGCUGAGCGAGUACGUCGACGCCGGAUCAAUCUUCUACGCGACCGAUAUAUGGAAUCUAUUCGAUAUCAUAAUGAUUUUGAUAGGCUUCAUCUUCUCUGUGUUGCGGAUUGUCGGUCUCUCAAAGCACGACGAGAAGCUGAUCGGGUCGUCCUUUGACGUCUUGGCCCUGCUGGCCCUGUUCAUGGUGCCGCGGGUCUGCUCGGUGCUGUCGCUCUCUCCAUACUGGGGCACCCUUAUCCCCUGUCUGAAGGAAAUGGGCAAGGAUUUCGUCAAAUUCAUGGUGCUCGUCUUCAUAGUGUACCUUGGAUUUUUGACGACUUUUACACUCGUUGCUCGUGACACCUUCACUCUUCCAGCCAUGACCAUGAACUUGGCUAAGAUCUUUUAUGGCUCGAGUUACAUCGGAUUCGACAUUAUGAAAGACAUCGACCCGUACUUCGGCCCGCCCCUGAUGUUCAUAUUCGUCACUCUCUCGUCCAUCCUCCUCAUGGGGAGCCUGACGGGUAUGCUCUCCAACUCCUUCUCCCGCGUUAUGAGCCACGCCCGCGAGGAGUACCUCUACGUCUACUCCGUCUACGUCCUCGAGGCCUCGACCUCGAACAGGCUGACCCACUUCUACCCGCCCUUCAAUCUCCUCGCCCUGGCCAUCUUCAGGCCCCUCCGCCUCGUCCUCCCCUCGGACAACAAGUUCCGCGCCGCCCGCAUCCUCCUGCUCAAGGCCACCCACCUGCCCAUCGUCGGCGCCAUCAUGCUGUACGAGCUCGUCAAGGGCAAGGUCGCCAGCGACGAGUUCUACGGCUUCAAGGGCCCCCGCCUCGAGGGGGCCCUCGGCAGCGGCGGGUCCGCCGCCCAGCGCAAGGCCUCCCGCGCAAAGGUCCGCCCGGCCUCGUCGUCCUCGGCGUACGCGCACCAGCAGCACCAGCAGCUGCGCCGCUCUGAUGCGCUGCGGCCCGUCUCGGCCCCUGCCAUCAGCGCCCCGUCGGCGGACCCUGACAUCGCCAAUGACGACAUGGACGCCCCGACCGAUAUGGACGUCAAGAUUGCCGAGCUGAGCUCCAAGAUCGACAGGCUGACCGACAUGAUUAUUGCCAUGCAGAGGGAGAGGAGCAGGGAGGCUAGCCAGCAUACGGAGCCUGCGACUUGA